AUGACAAACAUUGUUCCUCCCUAGAGAAGAAGUGAGGAAUCAAAACAAGUGUCACUGAUCAAUCUCCAUCAAAAAAUCCUACCAAAUAACUUAGAAGCCUUUGAAAGGAUGGCUUCAUGGGCAAAAUAAACUUCAUGAUAGAGUCCCCUAGGCUGCUUGAAAUAACAUUCAAGUAACAAGUCAUCAAACCACUAGUAUGUACAUCAAUCUCAAAACUCACAGGGCGAGACUUUGAUGGCAUGGAGAUUGAAAAGAUUCUAAUGGAUCAUAAGGUUUUUUUCGUCGAAGAUCGUCCUUGCAGACUGAAACAUUCCAAGAGGUGUCUAUAUCUAAAUCUUUCUUCCUUCUAGUAAAAAGAUUUAGACACCUAAUAAUUACUUUUCAUUGUUGGCAUUUAAAGUUCUUCUCUAUUUUAAGAUUUUGGAGAACCGUGGAUUAGUGGCCCACUCAAAGGAGUGGAAAACACGAUACAUAUCACAUCUAAUGUCUUGACAUUGUAGUUAGAGACAACAAAGUUGUCCAUUGAACAUUUGGAAAAACAAGCUAAAACUUCAUCUUCACGACUUUGAAUGCCAUAAUCAAUCUCUAUAUCCAAGUAUCAUAAUUUCUCUAUGGAGAUCUGAUACUAACAUUUUCUUCUUCCUAGAUUUCCAUCUACGACAUGAAAUCAAGCCACAUUUAUAUAACAUAACCAUAAUCUCUUCUAUUUCGAUGAACCUAUUCAUUUGCCACUACAAAUGAGUACUUGAGAUUCUAAAUUCUCAUUGAAGUGGCAUAGAUUUUUUGACAACCUUGGUUGGGUUCCUUCAUAGGGCUCAUAGAGUCUUCUUUUAUAUGAUUUUUGUGUGUAAUCUUGCACCUAAACCACUAAACCAGAUCCUUGUUGCUGCUUGUGUUGGUGACAAUGCAACAAGCAUCCUUGCAUCUAUUAGACCCACCUCCCGAUCUACCUCCCGGUCUAUAGUCAAUUUAACAUACACUUGAAAGAAGAGGGACAACUUACCAUGAGCUGAAGAGUAAUUUGAAAUAGAGAUAUCUAUUGAGAGAGACAUAAGGGAGCCCUAAGAGAACAAUUAGGGCAUUGAGAAGUUGGUCGAAAAGGAGAGCCAAAGUUUCUCGAACCACCUCCUCCCUCAAAACCCUAGGGACAUUCAUCAGACACCCACUUCCUUUCCCCUUAUUCCCAAAACUCAUAUUCCCAUGUUACUGUAUGCAAAGACAUUAAUUAUUCUACUCUAGUUGAAAUUUUUAGUAUCCCCUUGUCUGUUUUACUAAGUCAAAUCAGAUGCUCCUAACAACUUGGUAUUAGAGUUAUCAUGCCCAUAAAGAAAAGAUGAAAUAUAUGAGAACUUGGAGAAGAAGACUAAAGGUAUAAAAGAGGUAAGGUAGAUGGAAAAUAUCAAUAGAGAACAUAAUGAGAGAGCUAACAUAAGUUAUGGAGUAGCUCAUAGAUCAUCGAGACAACGUCCAAAUUGUGUAAUAGAGAAAUGAGGAAAGAGUCAUUAUAGGUGGUGAGAUGCGCACCCCAUCACUAGAUAAAGUGUGAGAUAUAAGUGUUUGACUCCAAGUCAAUAGCAAUUACAAUGAAACUAUGAGAAGAGUUCAUAAUCAAUAUAUUUCUAAAGCAAUCAACUACAAGUAGAGAUAGAGGAUGUUGUCUCAAAAUAGCUUUUUUUGGCAAAUAAAUAUUUGGUAAGCGUAUAUUUCAAGUUAAACUACACUUUGAGAUGAAUACAAAUAAAGGUUGAGACUAAUUAAAAAUACUUGCAGCCAACUUGGAUGACAAAGCACUAGUUGUGGUUUUGGUGCUUCAUGUGUUGGCAUGCAAGCUAUCCUCAUUUAGAAUCAUCAACUAGUGACUUAUUUUAGUCAUACUUUGUCACUUCAGAAUUGACUAAAAUCAAUUUAGAAAAGUGAACUCAUGACCAUAACUCUAAUGACCUUAAAGUUGAAGUAUUAUUUAAUGGGUCAGCCAUUUUAUCAUGUAUAUUAAUUAUAUUAGUUUAAAAUAUGUUUUAAAUAAAGAUAGUUACAUUUCAAAUAUCAUAAAUGGCUAGUCAAGAUUCUCAACUUUUAUUUCAUAAUCGAAUAUAAGUCCAUAGUCAAGAAUAAAGUCCUUGAUAUUUUUUUCAUAAGUUUCACAUCCUCUAUUAUAAUAAUCACUUUCAUGAUAAAAGGCUCAAGUGAAUGACCGAAAUAUCAAUUGCAUCAAUGUCUUCUUCUUUACCAUCAAUGACUAUUCAUUUCACAGAAUUAUGGAAUGAUUAUGCCAAUACUCAAACAAAAUGUCAUGAUAGUGCUGUAGGGGGUCGCUCAUGAUUUCUUCUAACUUAUAAAUAGAUGGUAUAAGACUUUUACAAGCAAGACAUGAGAAUUAUUAUUAAAAAAAAUUAUGUCUAAAAGUAUUUAUUUGUCAUAGCAGCAGCUACAAAACAUUAAGUAUAGUUGGCCUACUCCAAAAUCUCUUUAUUUAUCAUCAUAUUUGGGCUGAUGUUGUAAAGGAUUUUAUCAAGAGAUUACCUUGCUCCAAUAGUUAUUGAUCCAUACUAGUGGUCAUGGACAAAGUAAAUAAAUAUUCACAUUUUAGUCCAUUCACACAAACGUCUACAAUGCAAGUGUAAUUAUGAAAUUUCUCAAACAUGUGGUUAAAUUGCAUGAAACCCUAAGAUCUAUUACAUUCAACCAUGACAAGGUUUUCUAUAGUUUGUUCUAAACAUAGUUGUUUUGAUCAAAAAGAACCAUUUUUAAGUGCAACAUGACAUUCUAUAUACAAAUACUUGAUUUAACUGAAGUAGUCAAUGACAAAUCUUCACUAUUCUGUCUAUGACAAAUCUAAGUAUUGGAACCACACACUAACUAGUGCUGAAUUGUUUCGAUAUCAAAUAACAUUCCAUUUUAAGUGGUUCAUGGAGAUGAUUCUCCACCUACCAUUGUCACCACAUUACAACCUACACAAGUGGCAUCAAUUGAGGAGCAAUUGCAACAAUGUGACUCUAUAUUGAACACUUUUUUAUCUUUAACCAAGUUGACAUAGUGGCCUACAUAUUAGAUAUAUUGGAUUUUGUCAAGAUAUAUCUCAUUUUUUUUAUAUCACAACCUAAGAAGGCAUUAGGUGAAUGCUCUUGCAAUUAACCUUUGAGACCAGUGUUGGAUGAAAAUUUGCAACAAGUAGUCCAACUCAAAAAGGAGAGCCAGAGGUGAAUGAGUAUUUAUUUUAAAGUAUUGACCCCUAUUUAUUGAUAAUUUAAUCAACAUGUAUUUAUAUUUUUGAAAAUUAUAUCUCUUAAUUCGUUUUAUUCGGAAGUGAGCUACCUAAUUUAAUUCGGGUCGGGUCCAAGUGUAUUAUAUAUGACCCGGGUCGAUCGAAACCCGGUAGACCGCCGUGGCAAGCGGGUUAUUUGUGCGGGCCCCACUUGAACUAUGGUUGGAACCUUCGAGACGGUCCAGAUCGAGCAACUCCAUCGGAGGGCCGGCGCCGUCACCCGCUCGGAUGUCUCAUCUGGAGAGCACGAUAACUACGUAACCGUAUAUGAAGAGAGGGAAGGCAGAUGGCUGUGGUGGCUCCUCUCGGCGUGUAGGUCUAGGGUUCAUCUUCCUCUCCUCUCUCCUCCCCCAUUCUCGGGGCGGUUCCGACGUCUUGCCUCUCGUUUUGACGACUCUCGCCGCGUAUGUAUUCACGAAAAUGAACGAGAUCGGCCGAUUUGGAUUGCUUGGUGGGAGCGUUUCCGCGGAGAUUAGUGUAGGGGUCCUGGGUGGUUCUCAUCUUUUCGACUAGGAUUCGGAGGUUUGGGGGAGGCUCAGACGUUUAUCUUGACCCCUAA